AUGUUCGAGGAUAUUAACAAUUCAGGCGAUGGUGGUAUUCACGGACAAGUGCUCAAAAACAAUGGCUUUCAGGGGACUAACCCCGGAUUGACCGCAUAUGCCGCUAUCGGUAAUGUGAAUAUCUCACAAGACACGUCUAAUCCUCUGAGUACGGCAAUUACAUCUUCACUCAAAGUAUCUGUAACAUCCGGAACUACGGGAUACGUGGGUUUUGCAAACACGGGGUACAAUGGUGUCCCGGUGUUGGAAACAACAUAUGCCAACUACUUCUGGAUAAAAGGAACGUAUUCUGGCACUAUCACUCUACAACUUGUCGGAUCAGAAAGUGGUAUCGUCUAUGCUUCUCAUAACAUUACAGUUGACAGUGACCCCACGACAUUCACAUACUAUGAGACUUCCUUUAGAUCGACCGAGUCCCCAGAUGGCAACAACGAAUGGCAAUUGCUUUUUGAUGCGACUGAAGUAGCAGGUAGUUCACUGAAUUUUGGCCUGGUGCAGUUGUUUCCUCCAACUUACCACAACCGGUAUAAUGGCCUUCGAGAUGAUGUAGCUAGCUUCCUAGCCGAAAUUGAACCGUCUUUCCUUCGCUUUCCCGGAGGCAACAACUUGGAGGGAGCUUCACCCGGUGAUCGCUGGAAAUGGAAUGAAACAAUUGGCCCUGUGGUCGAUCGGCCCGGACGCGAAGGAGACUGGACUUACCCGAACACUGAUGCACUGGGGUUGGAUGAGUAUUUAUAUUGGUGUGAGGAUAUGGGCAUGACACCAAUCCUGGCGGUCUGGUCGGGCCUUACACUUGGUGGAGGAAUUAUAUCCGGGUCAGCUCUCGGUCCGUAUGUUGACGACAUAUUGAAUGAACUCGAGUAUCUUUUAGGUAACACAAGCACUACAUAUGGUGCUCUUCGCGCUAAGAAUGGCCGUGUUAAUCCAUGGCCCGUGAGCCAUAUUGAAGUGGGUAACGAAGACAACAUCUCCGGAGGCUGUGGUACAUAUGCAUCCCGAUUCACCCAAAUAUACGAAGCAAUUCACGAUCAGUAUCCUGAUAUAACUGUGAUUGCCUCUACCACGAGCUCGAGCUGCCUGCCCGCGACAUUACCUUCAGGUGUCUGGACAGACAUUCACCAUUACGAAUCACCGAAUACAUUUGUCUCAUUAUUUAAUGAGUGGGACAACUGGUCUAGAGACCACCCUAUCUUUGUUGGAGAAUAUGCGAGCACCACUGGAAAUGACGGUAGUACGACAUAUUGGUCGAAUAUGCAAGGUAGUUGCGGAGAGGCCGUGUACAUGAUCGGCCUCGAGCGCAACAGUGAUAUUGUAAAAAUGGCUAGUUUUGCACCUCUUCUCGAGCACUUCGAUCUCGCUGAAUGGUCGCCCGACCUGUUCGGUUUAGAUUCUUCGCCAGACUCAAUCACCGGAUCAACAUCGUACUACGUCCAGAAGUUGUUCUCGACAAACAGGGGCUCAACGGUUCUCCCGGUGACCUCCGAUUCGGCCUUUGGACCUGUAUACUGGGUUGCAUCAGUCGACAAAUCGACAUAUUAUGUCAAACUCGCAAAUUACGGUUCGUCCGAGGAGCUAGUGACUAUUGAAAUUGAAGGAACAACUGCUGGUACUGUCCAGCUACUCUCUGGAGAGGAACUCGAUAGCAAUUAUCCGCACAACGUAACUAUCACCCCACAGAGGAGUGAUGUGUCAGGCAGUGGAAGCUUCAACGUGACACUACCUGCCUGGGCAGUAGCCGUGCUAGCUGUGUCUUAA